UCGAGCCUGUCGAGCCAAAUGCCGCUAAUUGCCCCCAGAGUGCUUCGGCUGACGACCAGUCCAGUGCCCUCCCGAAGUUCCACACAUGAUUCUAGACAUUCCGGCACGCUUCGACUGGCCUGGUUUGUUCUUCCGAUGGACUGGGGAGUGUCCCGGGUGCGGCCACUGUUGCGGUGGUUGCUCCCAGUGCUGCUACUCGCCAACGCUCCGGCGGGCGUGCGCGGCCAUGGCCGAAUGAUGGAACCGCCGGCGCGCAAUGCCAUGUGGCGCUUCGGGUUUCCCAAUCCGGUCAACUACAACGAUAACGAGCUGUUUUGCGGCGGGUACGCAGUGCAGUGGGAACAGAACCAGGGCAACUGUGGCGUCUGUGGUGACGCCUACCAUCUUCGGUCACCCCGGCCGCAUGAGGCGGGGGGCCAGUACGGCAAGGGUAUCGUGUCGCGCCGGUACGUCGCCGGACAGGAGGUCGAGGUGGAGAUCGAGCUGACCGCGAAUCAUAUGGGCCGGUUCGAGCUGUACCUCUGUCCGAACAACAACCCACAAGCGGAAGCCACCCAGGCCUGCUUCGACCGUUAUCCGCUGUAUCUGGCCGGUACACGGGAGGUGCGGUUCUUCAUUCCGCCCGACUCGAAGAAAAAGGACGUGUUUCGGUACCGUGUGCAGCUGCCGCUGUAUGUGAGCUGUACGCAGUGCGUACUGCAGUGGACAUACUUCACCGGUAACAUGUGGGGCAGGUGCGACAACGGUACCGAGUCCGUAGGAUGCGGCAGACCAGAAACGUUCCGGAACUGUGCGGACAUCAGCGUCGUGUCGAACACUGGCGGAGGCCGGCCUCCGCUGUUCGUUGGCAACAAUAACCCAUUCCUGCUGUACUACCGGGACUACCGCGACCCCAAACCAGACAAUGUGUAUCCACUCAUCAUCCGAGACCAGGUGUGUCUACCCACUGCAACGUAUCGCGGCUUUAUCGGCAUGGAGGAUUGGUGCCAGAACAACUGCCUGCGCUAUCCACCUAACUGCCCGGAAACGGUCUGUCACUGCCCGCAAACGUGCGAAGCGAUCGGUGAGCUGCGAGGCCGCGAGGGAGCCGACGUGUACUGUCUGGACCAGUGUCUCAACUACAAGUCCAACUGCCCAGCCGACAGAUGUCGUUGCUACUAAAUGCGCCAUUGCAGAAAGCGCCCGCGCGCGUGUGUGUGUGUGUUUGUAUGCAUGUGUGUGUGUAUGUGUUUGAUUGCGUGUGUGCCGUAUUGCGUCGAAUGAACGAGAACCGUCGGGACGAGAAAUGAAGGACGAAGCGAAGGACGAAUCUAGCACUGCAAUGUCCGUACUGGCAGGCAUGGUUGGGAAUAGGCGUGCUUCGCCGAACUGCUUCUGUAUGUAUGUGUGCGUGUAUAUGUAGUAGGUCGUCAUGUCCGAAUUUUACGGCAUUCGGCAAAGUUUCUCUCACGCGCCAAGGUACUGCCGCAAGACGUGAGGGGCGGUAGCCAGCAAACUUUUUCAACUUCUCAAGAAAAUUAGGACCUUGUACAACAUUACGAGUCAUCAUUCCACUGCCCCGUUUCUUGCCGCUAUUAUGCAGGGCAAUUAUUUUAUUACUGUAUCACUUUGCAACAACACCGGCCAUUGCAGGAGAAGUAGCCAUUGUUAUCAACCGUCAAUCAUCGUUUAAAAUACCAGCAUGACCUGCGAAGAGUGUGGAGUUGUGUAAGCGAGAAAGGAACUUACGGAAAUGCUUUGUAACAGUUGAAAUUGAAGCGAUAAAAUAAAUCAGUAAGCGACUCCUGUA